UUUGAAGUACAAUCAUAUUACAAAGGCAUUUGAGACUUCUGCAGUCAAGAUGAAAGCCCUUAUCUGUCUGGCAUUAAUCUCAGGAUUUUAUUCCGCCUUUUCAACAACUCGACUUGACUGCAAUUCAUCUUCCAAGACACCAUCCUUGAAUCGAAUCAUCAAUGGCGCGACUGUGACUGAACCUCGGCCUUUUAUGGUUAAGAUAAUCAUCUUAGGGUCGUCCAUCUGCGGCGGAACCCUUAUAUCCGAUAAAUAUGUAUUAUCUGCUGCUCAUUGUUUUUGUCCAUCUCUACUGACAUGCUCGUUGUGGAAUAUUGGAAGAUCCAAGGUGCUUUUCCCAUCUGACGGGAUGCUGAAUUUGACGUUUGCAUUUUCUCCCAAUAAGACAAAACCAUCUCCAUUUUCGAAUAUUCAAGUGCGAAAACUCAUCGUUCAUCCCGAUUAUCAAUCUUCAGUCGCUCCCACAAAGGCUGACAUUGCUAUUUUGGAGCUCAAGGACCCCCUACAGCUCUCCUGGGAAGUGUCUCCCAUUUGCCUGCCGAAUCCAAAUACUCGGGAUCUUGGUCAAAAAGUUAUCGUUAGUGGUUACGGACGCCAAGGGUCGAUCAACGCAGAGAACACGAAUUGCCUUACAAAUCCUCGAGGACCCAAUAAAUUUGUACCAUGCUUUAACAGGCAUUGUCGGAACGAAUCAACUCCUCAAAAUGAGUUAUGUGCAAAUUUCUUUCAGAAAGUUGUCCCCAGAGAGGAUAUCCAUGUUUAUAAGUUCUCAAGAUCCCCUGUCGAAUGCUUUCAUCCUUCCGCUGAGCAUGGAUGGUGCUACACAACUUGGCCUCCAAAGGAUAAAAAGUGGGGAUAUUGCAUGAAAUCUUGCCAUGAUUCGCAUAAACUGAGCGCACCGGAGCUGAAGGAAGUUGAAUUGGAGAUUUACCCAACUACGACUUGCUACCCAAAUGCUAUUGACCUUGAGUUGGAGCUUUGCGUUGGAGGCACAUGGAACAGACCAAUAGUGGGCGAGUAUUUCGACUUUGCCAAUGGAUCUUACCAAUUGAAAAGGAAGUCCGGGGGACAAAAGUACCAUUUCUAUGGGUACAAGGAUUCGUGUGGUGGAGAUAGUGGUGGUCCCAUCUGGACCAAUAUCGAGGGCCAUGCAGUUUUAUUGGCUUUGGUAAGUCGAGGGCAAGAUUGUGGGCUACGAAACAAACCGGGGAUAGGCACACGAAUAAAAAUGUUUUUGGACUGGAUUCGAGAACCAUCCUUUGGAUCAUUACCUGACGAACCGCAAACUGGUUCGGCUACUCUCAAUGAAGACCAAGCGAAAGAAGUCAUUCAGGGUAGGAAUAGCUUCAUGUCAGAUUACUUGUUUCAAACCAGAUUACCUUACGACCCAACUUUCAGGCAGUGUGACCAAUUCAAUUUCCGGAGGAUUCCAAAUUCAGCAUUUGUACAUUCAAUCUCACUUCCUGGUUUUUUUGACAUACUUAUUUAAUCAACAAUGAACUUAAUACAUUAAUAAUCAUACAUCUAA